AUGGGGAAUAAUGCAAUGAGUAAGGCUCUUCAUCAAAUUUCAAAGUCAUCUUUUACAAGGAGAAUUGACAGAGCAAAACUUCCUCAUCAUUUUGCACAACUUACGUUUACUAUUUAUAAUGGGAGAACCAACCCUGUGGAACAUGUAAGCCACUUCAAUCAGAGGAUGGCUAUCCACUCAAUGAAUGAGGCUCUUAUGUGCAAGGUCUUCUUCUCCUCUAGCUUCGAGCCUGUUGCCAUGAAAUGGUUUGACGAGCUGGAGGAAGGCUCUAUAAGAUCUUUAGAGGAACUUACAAAAGCAUUUGCAGUAAGAUUUGUGACGUGUAGCAGAGUCCUAAGGCCCUCAGAUUCCUUAUUAUCCAUGGUCAUAAGGGAAAGGGAGACUUUGAAGACUUAUUCCAAUAGGUAUUGGGAGGUGUUCAAUGAGAUAGAUGGUGAUUUUGAAGAUGUAGCUAUAAGGACUUUCAAGGUAGGACUUCCCCCAGAGCAUGAUUUGAGGAAAUCGUUGACAAAGAAACCUGCCCGUAGUAUGCCCCAACUCAUGGAUCGCAUUGAUAAGCACAAAUGGGUCGAGGAAGAUCAGAUCCAAGGAAAGGGAAAGGUCAAAGUCUUCCCAGAAAAAAGGGAUCUUCUGGCAAGAGGAUACAAUCAUAACUAA